UUAUUACACCUUCCUUUCACUUCCAAAGGAAACACUGCCCCCCUGUUAUUCCAAAUAUUUCGAGGCUAUUUCCAUUACUGGGGCUUCGAAACCGGCUGAGUUUAAAGUGUGAUCUGAACCGCAGGAUUACGUGUAUAUGAUUUUCCCGUCCUCGUGUCUGUCGGACUGCCACGCGUCGGUAAAGAUUGAUGCUUAAUGGCUGGGAGCCCCCCGGCUUGUGUCCCAGAUUGACACCCGACAGCGCACGGUCUCCGCCAAUCUCCUGAGCGAGCUCGAACUCCUGCCAGAUAAAUCGCCCACAAGCUCCCACUACGUCUGCCCAGCCCCAAGCCAAUCAACCUCCAAAAGGCCCUCAGCCAAUCGCUGAGGCAAGAUAGCAUCACCAUGGACACUGAGUCCACUUAUUCUGGCUAUUCGUACCACUCUGGACGAUCAAGGGGGUCCCACAGGCAUGGGGAGCGAAGUCGAGACCGACACAAGUCUCGCAGCAAGGACAGCAGCCGCUCUGAGAAGUCUGUCACCAUCAACGCUCCGCCCGCCGAGCCCCUGUUAGGGGACCAGUCCACACGCGGAGACGAGAUGCAGGACGACAACUGGGGUGAGACCACGACAGCGAUCACUGGCACAUCCGAGCACUCGCUCUCGCAGGAGGACAUCGUCCGCAUCAGCAAGGACCUAGAUGAGAGCGUGAGACUGGACUGCAGGCGCUACCUGUCGGUCUCGCUGUCGGUGCUGCUGGGCACCGUGGUGCUGCUCACGCCACUCGCAUUCCUGGUGCUGCCCCGGCUGCUGUGGCCCGAGAAGCUGCGGGUGUGCGGCACGGCCUGCGAGGGCCUCUUCAUCGCCGUCGCCUUCAAGCUGCUCAUCCUGCUGCUGGCCGUGUGGGCGCUGUUCCUCCGGCCGCCGCGCGCCGCCCUGCCCCGCCUCCUGGUGUUCCGCGCCGUGCUUGCCACACUCGUGCUCCUGCUCGUGCUCUCCUAUUGGCUGUUCUACGGCGUGCGCAUCCUGGACACGCAGGACGAGGACUACCAGGGGAUCGUGCAGUACGCCGUGUCCCUGGUGGACGCGCUGCUGUUCAUCCACUACUUGGCCGUGGUGCUUCUGGAGCUACGGCAGCUGCAGGCCUGCUUCUCGCUGUGCGUCACGCGCUCCACCGACGGCCAGACGCGGCACUACAGCCUGGGGCAGCUUAGUAUCCAGAGGGCAGCGGUGGCCAUAUUGGAGAACUACUACAGAGACUUCCCUGUACAUAACGCAGCACUGCUCUCAGCCUCCAAGUCCCGGGCCGCCAAGCACCUGGCAGGCCUGAAGGUCUACAAUGUGGACGGCCCAGGGGGCAACAGCGCAGCUGCGGCAGUGGGUGUCGCCCAGUCCCAGUCACGUGCCAUGAUCGCCGCCGCUGCCCGCCGCCGUGACUCCAGCCACAACGAGCUGUACUACGAGGAGGCCGAGCACGAGAGGCGCAUCCGCAAGCGCAGGGCCAGGCUGGUGGUGGCGGUGGAGGAGGCGUUCACGCACAUCCACCGCGUCCAGGAGGAGGAGCAGAAGAAGCCGCCGGGCGAGGCGAUGGACCCGCGCGAGGCGGCCCAGGCCGUGUUCCCGUCCAUGGCGCGUGCGCUGCAGAAGUAUCUGCGCACCACGCGCCAACAGCACUGCCACAGCAUGGAGAGCAUCCAGCAGCACCUGGCCUUCUGCGUCACGCACAGCAUGACGCCCAAGGCGUUCCUGGAGAGCUAUCUGACCCCUGGCCCGACACUGCAGUACAGCCGGGAGCGGUGGCUAGCAAGACACUGGACGCUCAACAGCGAGGCAUCGGUCACCAGCGGCCUGAAGGACGGCACCGUCUUCUUGCUUAAGUGUAUAGACUUUAGCCUGGUGGUCACCGCCAAAAAGAUCCCCUACAUCAAACUCUCUGAGGAGUUCAUUGACCCCAAGUCCCACAAGUUUGUACUGCGGCUCCAGUCAGAAACGUCCGUGUAGCCUGAAUCAUCGUGUUUUCUUUUUGUGUUUGUCUUAUUUUUCCGUUUUGGUGACUCUCAAACCUUUUUUUUUUUCUUUUUUGAA